UGUGAUAAGGCUAUUCCACAGUUCACUUUCCCCUUCUUCUCUCUUCUCCUCACUCUAAAACCAUGGCCGCUUCCGCAACUUCUCUCUCCACCACCUUCUCCUCCCUCUCCCUCCGCCGCACCCCUCGCUUCUCUCUCCUCCCCCAACCUCACUCUCUCUCCUACCCUCUCAAACCCCCCCGCCUUUCUCUAAAAUUCUCCCCCCUCCGCGCCUCUCCAACCGACCUCAACGACCCCGACGCCCAAUACGACGAAUCCGACGAAUCCGACGAUGCCGUGACCGAAUUGAUCUCCGAUCCCGACGAGAUCUUCGACUACGACGAGGCCAAGUAUGGCAAACCGCCCGAGCCCGUCCAGCGCUUCGGCAGCACGCCCUCCUUCGACGACUUCCCGCCCGAGUCCGAGGAGGAGAUCGCCAUCGGCUACGAGGAGCUCUACGGCCCGGCCUACAGCGGGGAGAGCUACCUGGGCAACGACGUGAACGCCGUCGGUGGGGGGGAGGAUAGCGACGACGAGGACGAGGAGUGGCGGAACGAGGUGGAGGACGAGGACGAGGAGUUCGCGGAGAAGGUGCUGGACGGGUACGAGGAGGAGGUGGUGCAGGUGAGGAGGGUGACCAAGGUGGUCAAGGGAGGGAAGCAGCUGAACUUCAGGGUGGUGAUGGUCGUGGGGGACCUUAGGGGGAACGUCGGGGUCGGGGUGGGGAAGGCCACGGAGAUCGUCGGGGCAGUUAAGAAGGCGGGCAUCGACGCGAGGAGGAACAUCGUUAGGGUUCCGUUGACGAAGUACUCCACGUUUCCACACAGAGCUGAUGGAAAAUUUGGAGCUGCAAAGGUGAUGCUUAGACCCGCUUGCCCAGGUACUGGAGUGAUUGCCGGAGGUCCUGUGCGGGUCAUCUUAGAACUGGCGGGUGUGCAAAAUGCUUUGGGGAAACAAAUUGGUAGCGGCAAUGCGCUUAACAAUGCCAGAGCCACAGUUGUUGCGUUUCAGCAAAUGAGGCAAUUCAGUGAAGUCGCUGCCCUACGUGGGAUGCCAAUGGAAGAGCUGUGGAAGUGAGGCAUCUUGAAAAUGUGUACCAUUGCAGCAUUGCUAUUGUUCGUUCAUUUUGUUGGAACAUUUCUUUUUCUGAUUUUUUUGUAGAAAUUUCCUGGCUGAUUCUUAGCAACUAGCAAGUACAUUGAAUUGUCUACUUGUUCUAACUCUGAGUGGCUGAAUAUAUGGUUAAAGUUGAUAAAUUAAAGUAUCCUGGAUGAUCAUUAUUUGA